AUUAUACGUGUAAUGUUCAACUCGUGUUUGUUCUCUUUUUUCAUUUUGUCUCGGGUUCUUGGCGGUGUUUCUUGGGUUACCUUUAUUGGAGAAAUUUCAUCGCAAGGCCGAUCGAGAAGCUCACCAUCUCAAAUUUCUUUGCGAAGUCGAGAGAUCCCAAACACGCUAUGCUAAUUAUUUCAGACUUGCCUAAUUUUUGUCUAGCUAUUUAUAAUUGGUGUUGGAAGCUGGGAUGAGACACUGUCUGCAGCUUUGUUUCCUGGAUCAUAGUCCUCACUUAGAGUGGUUUUUAGAAAUUGUGGCUUCAUCAUAAGAGAAUUAUACACCUUUCCUGGACUUUGUCAGUUUGUCCCCACUUUAAUGGCUCUUGCAACCUAAAAGAGGUAUGAUUUAACCUAACUCUACAAAACUUAUUUUGGGUUACGCUCAAAUUCUUUUUAGAUUUUAAGUUAUAUCUAUUUUUUGCGCAUAAUUCAUUGUAAAUGGUGGAAGUAUUAUGCAUUCUGAUUGAUUACAUCUCAACCAUUUGGCACCACUAAUUUUAUCAUUCCUUGAACUCUUCUUACCCCAUAUGUUUUAUUACAUUUGCUUUAGCUAAUUUAAGAAGCCACACUCUAUUGAGCUUUCAACUGCUUUCUUUUAAUUAUUUUAUCACCACUUGAAAAAUAAAUCUAUUCUAACUUUGGUCGCUACAAACUCCAAGUUUCAUUUGGAAGUAUUUGAAAUGGGAUACUGGUUGCAGUACGUAUCUUUGCUACCCACCCAAGAGAAUUUGUUCUUUAUGACAACUAUUGGAAUGUUUAUAGAGAAGAAUUAUUAUUGUGGAUGAUUUUAUGCAGCCUUUUUGAAUCCAUAACUCCUAAUGGAUCGAUGCUUACAGUGAUGACGAAGGAGUGUUAAUAAAUUGCCACGGAGAUGCACAUUUUUAGUGUAAAAAAGAGGAGAGUUUAUAGAAAAGAGGUAGAUAAAGUCAAUGACAGAGGAAGAAUACAAUUAUUAUUUUGGAGUUUUGGUUCUCUUUUUUACUAUUUUCAUACAUAUAGUUUUAUGUUUUGUAUUUCAUAAUGUAUAAGAUUUUUAUUAUUAGAGGAAACAAUACCUUACUACACUACUUAAAAAAGAUUUUAAACCACUACUCCUUUUCAUUUUCAAAUGUUAAAUCUAAAUUUCAAAUUUCUCAUUUUUUCAAGUUAUUAAAAGAUCCUUCUUUAUUGAUGGUAUAGGAUGACACUUUUAUUACGUAUUUAUUCAUUUUUAAUUUCACCUUUGUCAUACUAUUCAUUUUCAAUGACACUAUUCAUAUCUAUAUGUAUAUUUUACAUAAGAGUAUGUCACUCUGUGUGAAGCCCAAGAUAGAAACUAGGAGCAGAUAGUAUACAAAAUAUACUCCUAUGUGCAAAGAAAGUGGAUGCAGAUGUCUCAUUAAAAGAAUGACCAAGAUCUAUUAAAAUCAGGAUCAAUAUUUAGAUGCCUUUAAAGAUUAUCACAUAAUAUGUAAAUUCAUUGAUUACAAAGUAACAUAUUUGAUGAUAUAUCUAACUAUUUUAGUCCACUUACAAUUCUAUCAUACACAUCUUGUAUGAAGUCUCACUUUUGCUAAAUUCACCAUUUAUAGUAUACACUUUUGCCCUAAAAUAGAGAAGAGGAACUUUGGAUGCAAACCAUUAGAACUUUAAUCUCAUCAUUAUUGUCAAUUUCAUUUCUUCAUUACUUGUUCAACAAGAAGCAGUUAAACCAAAUAAACCACAUUGACUAAUCGGUGGGAUUCCCAUGACACUGGAACCCUAUGUCCUGGGUUGACCCGAGGGCGCUCCGAUGCCCUGUUCCUAAAGAUGAUGGUUCCUACCUCCUAACCCCCCGGUAAACACCCCCAUCCCCUUCAAUUGCACCUCACAAGUUAAUUUUGACUUUAGAGUAAAUUUUGACUCCAAAGUUGAAGGAGCCGCUGCUAUCAACGUAGAUCUACGCUGGUGGGAAAACUAGUCGACGGAAGAACAGCAUCGAACCUGCAAGUUAGGAAAGGAAUUGACGACUCCCGACGGCACAUUCCAGAAGCAAUCCAAAAUUUCUCAAAGCUCAAAGGUCCAGAUGCCAACGGAAGUUUUAAGGUGCAGUCCAAAAGGUUCUCCUUCAAUUUUUCAAAAGCUAAAUUCCUUGAGAUCUCAGAAGAACGAAGGUACAAAUCUUAUCGAUUUUGGAUAAACAAGAGUACCCUUAUCUGGAUUUGUUCAUGCUUUGAUUUAAUUCUCCAAAGACCAGUGCUCACCAGUUGGGUUCAGACCAAAAAGGAAGGUACCCGUGACUUCCGAUUCUCUUUGGAUUCGAACUCCUUUGGGUUUUUCGUUCAGUUAACAGAAAUGAGAGAAAAUGGUUCCACCUAAAUAUUUGUUCUUGAGGGUUUCACUAGGUAUGGUUUUAGACUGUUCCUUACUAAGCUUAGAUCGGCUGGUAUGAUGUUUGAAAAUAAUGGUACUGAAUUUUGGGUUGAUGAUACUAGAUGCUUAUACCCAAACUCUUUUGAGAAGGAAACCCCUGAUGCAGACCAUUUCCAAAGCUCUGUUUAAUGGCAGGUUGUGGUGCUCCAACAGAUGUGGCAAUAAGUUCCAUAGUGCUAAGAGAAGGAGUAAAAUUCAAGCCCAUUGCUGACUUUGAACUACAAGACUCUAACUCUCAAAUUACCCCUGUCGAAGGGAUUGGUUUAGCACUGGCAGUUUGCUCUUUAGUACAGCCCGGGACAGGAGUUUUUCACUCGAUUGCAGGCUCCUCUUCAAAAGUAAUCAGAAGCUCAACCAAAGAUAAACUAUCAUUUCAUGCCUCUCCAUUCUAUCCCACAAGUCUUGUGCCAUCUAAACUAUCUUUAAAGGAUAUGAAAGCUCUAAACCUUAAAGCAGAGGAUCUCCAAAAUGAUUUGAUGAUGACUGAGAGUUACACCAAAGAAUACUAUUUUUAGUGUGGGACUUAGAGAUCAUGAGAGCAAUAGUUCUCGUCUUUUGGAAGAGGAACAAAGCUUACUGUUUGGGGAUAGAAUACUAGAAGAUGACCCUGAUUUAUUUGAUGCUGGUCCAGGAAUAUCACGUUCUGGAAGACUUAGAUCAUCAGGGUAAAGGUAAAGGCAAGAAAAAGAGAAGGAAAAAAGGGAAUAAAAAGCUUACUGUUUGGGGAUAGAAUACUAGAAGAUAACACUUUUGAUUUGUAUUAGGUUUGUUUACUAAGUACUUGUUGGGAUGCCAUUGGUUCUUUAUAUUUAUAAUUUUAUAUAUUUCAGGGAAUAGGCUUUGAUAUUGUUGGCUUUCUUUUGGGGUUUUCAUUUGGGCUACUGUUGGGGCUUAGCCCACCCCCUCGUCAUGUACUCUUGUUUUUUUUAGUUCAAAUAAGACGGGGCUUUCCUG